GACGCCUUUUCUUUUUUUCAAAAACAUGUUGUCAAGAUGGCGGCGGCAAGAAUCCAAACAUGUCAUGUCGCCUGCUCCGCCAACAGGACGCCUAAUGUGGUGUCUUGGAGCCGGGGAGGGACCAUUGCCUUCGGGACGUGCAACUCGGUGGCGUUGUACGACCCCCAGGAAAGAAGAGUAGUUUGCACGUUGAAUGGACACACACUCCGAGUUAAUGCAGUCCGGUGGGUCCAUAGAGAUGAUUGUGCUCCUGAGAGUCACCUGAUCUCAGGAGGCUCAGACUGCCGUCUCAUCGUCUGGGCCGCACAAAAUGGAAAGUUUGUGCAGUGGAUGGAGUGUAAAGGUCACACGGGUCCAGUUUGUGCCGUGGACGCGCGCUACACGGACAUGGACGCACACAUCCUGGUGGCGUCGGCGGCAUCGGAUUCCACUGUCAGACUGUGGCUCUGUGACGCCAAACAGGCGGAGUGCCUCCACACGCUGUCAUUUGGCAGCGGCUUCAUGAUGGAUGUCUCCCUGGCCCUGCUGCCAGGCACUAAAGUUCCUGUGUUGGCCUGUGGGGGCGACGACUCUCAGGUACACCUGUACGUGCAGUCACGCGAGCAGCUGCAGAGAGUCAUGACGCUGCAGGGACACGAGGACUGGGUUCGAGGCGUCGCGUGGGCAUCUGUAGGUGGCGAUCUGCUGUUGGCCAGCUGCUCGCAGGACUGUCUCAUCCGAGUGUGGCGGCUUUGCGCCAAGUCCGGGAAGGGUGCCCGCAACGCCGGCGAGGAGGAGGACGGCGGCGGCGGCGUCAUCAAAAUGAAAGAGGACAUUUUUCAAGUGCAGGAGGAGGAGAGAGAUGUGUCCUCGGUCUUCGCGGUGUCUCUGGAGACAAUCCUGGCAGGACACGAGAACCGGGUGUACGGCGUCCACUGGCAGCCUCCUUCCUACACGGGCGGCCGGCUGCAACAACCGCUCCGGCUGCUCUCCGCCUCCAUGGACAAAACCAUGAUCCUGUGGGCUCCAGAGGAGGGGUCCGGCGUGUGGGUGGAGCAGGUGCGUGUGGGCGAGGUCGGCGGCAACACGCUGGGCUUCUACGGCUGCCAGAUGAGUCCAGACGGGGCGCAGAUCCUGGCUCACGCCUUCCACGGAGCGCUCCACCUGUGGUGCAAGGACCAGCAGGAAGACGGAGAGUGGAGGCCUGGCGUGGUCAUAUCGGGUCACUUUAAUGCAGUCCAGGACCUGAGCUGGGACCCCGAGGGGGAAUUCAUCCUCAGCGUGGGCUCGGACCAGACCACCAGACUCUUCACGCCGUGGAGGAGGGACAGCAAGCAGGCCACCUGGCACGAGAUCUCGCGUCCGCAGAUCCACGGCUACGACAUGCAGUGCCUGGCUAUGGUGGGGAGGUUCCGCUUCGUGUCCGGUGCCGACGAAAAGGUCCUGCGGGUCUUCCAGGCGCCGCGUAAUUUCGUGGAGAACUUUGCCAACAUCUCUGGGAGGUCCAAGGAGCAGCUGUUGGCAUCCAGCGACUGUGCGGGCCUGCCUGAAGGAGCCAGCACACCCGCUCUGGGCUUGUCUAACAAGGCCGUCUUUCAAGGUGCAGAAAAGAAACCGUUCAUGUGCUCCGUCAACCCGGCCACGUCUGACCAAAAGGCCUUUUUUCAAACUGCAGGGGACUUGUCGUCCGGAGCCGGAGGAGACCAGCAGCACUUCAAAAGCGUCUCCGAGCAGUACCAGGAGUCCUACUUCCAACCCAUCGACAUGACCGAACCUCCACCAGAAGAUCACCUGCUCCAGAACACGCUUUGGCCCGAGGUCCAGAAACUGUACGGCCACGGCUUCGAGAUGUUCUGCCUGGCGUCCGACAGCGCCAGGACGGUGGUGGCGUCGGCGUGCAAGGCGUCCAAGGCGGAGCACGCCUCCGUGCUGCUGUGGAGCGCCACCACCUGGCGCCGGCUGCAGGCGCUGGCAUGCCACGCCCUCACCGUCACCCAGAUGUCCUUCUCCCCGGACUCCCUGCUCCUGCUGGCCGUCUCCAGGGACCGCACCUGGUCGCUGUGGCGCCGCAGGGACCUCGCCUCAGACUUCCUGCUGCAGGCGCAGACCCACGCCCACACCGCCGUGCACACCCGCAUCAUCUGGUCGUGUGACUGGACCCACGACAGUCGCUACUUUGCCACCUCCAGUCGGGACAAGAAGGUGAUAGUGUGGGGACCGUGUACCUUGGAGCACAUCAAGCCCUGCUCCUCCAUCCUGGAUGUGGGCCACUCUGCCACCGCGGUCGCCUUCUGCCCUCAAACCUGCUCUUACAACAUGUAUGUGGCUGCGGUGGGUUUGGACUGUGGGAAGAUCGUGUUGUACGGCUGGUCACCUGACCCACCACAGGACUGGAUCACCCUCGGACAAACAGACGCCUCACAAAGUCACAGUCUGGCGGUGAAGAGGUUGAGAUGGCGGCCUGCAGUGCAAAAGGAGCAAGAAGGAGAAGAAGAAGAAGAGGAGGAGUCGGGGUCACGUGUCCAACUGGCGAGCGGCGGCAUGGACCACGCCCUCAAGAUCUUCCACAUCCACCUCAAGUCCCUCUAGCGCCACCCUGUGUCCACCUUCACUUGUGGCACAAUAAACACUUCUACUUCUCACUUCUACUUCGCCUCUUAAAUCACCAAAUUACAGAACAUAACAUCUAUUGUAUGUCUGAGGGGCCUUGAACGCACCAAAUGUGAUGACAUCAUGUCCCCCUGUCGGGACUCUUUAUUAGGGACACCUGCCAAUCACAAUACAUAGUCAAUAAAUACACACCAGGGACAUUCAACAAAGAAUGUCAGCCAUCUGUAAACUUAAAAGGAUUAUACUUCCUGUUUGCUACACUACCACAUCUUUCACAUCCAAACCUCAGAUCCAUCAUUCCACUAGAAAAAACAUGAUAGUCCAGGAUAUCAGCAAUACAUCAUCCCACUAUCAUCAGGGCGCAGGUACGCAACUACAACAUUCCGGAGGGACCGCCUCGGGAAAAGCCUUCUCUAAACAGCGACCUUGUGUUGGUCAUGUAUGAUGUCUUUUUUUAGUUUUGUUCCUUAUGUGGAAUGUCUAUUCUUCAAAUGCGACUCAGUAUUCUUCUUCCUCCAAACACCACCAGUUGAGUUUAUACCAAAAAGUUCUAUUUUGGUUUCAUCUGACCACAUGACAUUCUCCCAAUCCUCUGCUGUAUCAUCCAUGUAUCCAUUUUGGUGUAAACUCAACUCGUGGUGUUUGGAGGAAGAAGAAUACUGAGUUGCAUCCCAAGAACACCAUACCUACUGUGAAGCAUGGGGGUGGAAACAUCAUGCUUUGGGGCUGUUUUUCUGCUAAGGGGACAGGACGAUUGAUCCGUGUUAAGGAAAGAAUGAAUGGGGCCAUGUAUCGUGAGAUUUGGAUUUUCCACCAUCAUUUACAAAUAAAUUAUUUAAAAUUCCUACAA